CCUGGCAGGCGUAGGAGUCCACCGGACAUGGCCCACGGUGCCGUACUGGCCUGGGCCUGGGCCCUGGCUCUGGGAGCGGUCCCACCGAUCCAAGCAGGCUGUGCCGAGCUCGGUCGCUGCUGUCCGGGCCGGGACCUGACGUGCGUCUCCCUGGGCUGGACAGCGGCAGGUCUCUCUCUGGGCCCCCAGCCCUGCUACUGCGACCAGGCAUGCAGCGCAGUGGGGGACUGCUGCCGGGAUUAUGGGAGUGCCUGUCCAGCUGUGACCUGCUCAGUGUCAGAGUGGAGUGACUGGAGUCGGUGUGUCGAGCCUUGCACUGUCACUUUUCGAGUUCGGAGGAGACAAGUCUUAAGAGAGCCAAGGAAUGGCGGUGGCCCCUGCCCCACACUGGAAGAGAGGGCUGGUUGUGUGGAAUAUUGGAGCCAUCAGGGAGUGGAGUGCCAACAGGCCCUGAUCCCAGCUCUCAUAACUACUGGGGCCUUCCGGAAUGGGAGGAAAAAGAGGGCCGUGGCUCAUGAGAGAAAGUCAGCUGGGUACUGUGUCACGUUCCAGCUUGUGACCAUCGCUGUGGCCUGCCUUCAGACAAGGGCCCCCUUCACUCAGUGGAUGAGGUACCUCACCCAAGGGCACACGGUCUGUGUGUUGUGUGAGCCGCCUGCCCUGGAUAUGAGAAGCCUUCGGUGCUAUGGGGAUGGUGAAGGAUCUAGAGGGGAUCAGCUGCUUCAGUGGCAGGCUGUUGGCAAUCCCAGCUGUAGAGGGACCUGGAAGAGAUUUCAGCAGCUGGAAGCCUGUUCCUGCCCUGCUGUCCACAGCUUCCUGUUUGUCUAGGGGGCAUGAACUUGUGCUAUCUACCUACAGAGGCCUCUGAGCUUUGGGGUGCUGGUGGAUGGUACCCUCUUCUAACCUUGCCCUCCUCAAGACUCCUCAAGCACCCCUUGUCUUACAUUCUUCCGGUCAUG